ACCACGCGCCUCGUGGUGUCACACAAAGGGUACAACCGGCGAGCUGAACACAUCGUGUCUGCGUUUCUCCUGCGAUUUUACCCCGCAAUCUUUGCAGUCAACGCACAAAGCGAAGGAAUUUGAGAGCCAGCGACUCAACUUAUACUCUUAUCAUCACUGAGCGACAUUUGGAGGAUCCUACGAUGGCUACCGAUCUGGAAAAGGCGAAAUUCGUGGACGUGGAAUGUUCCCUGGCCCCCGACGGUCAUGUGUACGUGGCACACCCAGACCCCAAACCCACCAGUACAAAGGGCCUGAUGAUGGUGACAGCGGUCGUCAUGCUGGUGAUGGUGUUAGUAGGGGGCCUUGCUGGGACGGCAGUGUGGCGAUACCUGGAUGGAAAACCAGAGAGCAGCAUGCCCCUGACUCCUGGCUUCUCUUCGUAUAUACUGCCCCAUCAUAUGGACCAAGAAAACACUGUGAACUACAUGAAGAAAUACCACGUGCACGGUGAGGACAUAACUGAGGUCAUUGAGAUCGACACAGAGCUAAGAAUUGAACGCUUCGAUGUUCCAGACAACGGACACUUCCAGAGAGUGACAGUUAUCAUGGAUUUUGCCAGGAACCUGACAAUAUACAAAGACUACAGUGACCGCAUGUGCUUCCUUCGUCCUAUGGAGCCAGAGUUGUGGCCGUCCCCAGAAGACUGGAGACAGGCUAUUAUGGACAUUGGCCAACAGGAAAACUUUGGUGAGGAAAGCCACGAGCCUGCUGACCGCAUGGACGAGAUGGUCGUGGUGGCUCCCGAGGUCACUGACCUCCAGCUGCUGGUCAGCGGGGAUGUCGUAGCCAUGUGCGAAAACCACCGCGCUUUCAUCGUCGUGCCGGUUGACUUUUCGCACCACGUUGCAAAGCGCUCGGCGAGAAAAACUAAUUAUAUGACAUCCCCCUGGAGUGGGGGUAAACAUAGCAUCAAAUUCGCUCCGUCAUUCACAAAAGCUUCAAAGUUGUCUAAGAAACAUAAAAAUAUUCCCGAGUCAGAUUUAACAGGUAUUUUCAAGUUUAGGUUCUAGUGAUUUGCUGUGUUAAAUUCGAGACAUUCUGAGUUAAAGACUUGAAUUUGAGUGGUAACUUAUUCCAUUGUAUAAUAUGUAAAGACCAAUGCUGUGUGAAUAUUUUCACUGCACUCUGUAUAAUACUGUUAGGGCGAUAAGAGUGCUGGGCACUUCGAACUGUCAUUUGUUGGGAUAUCAUUGAUAUUGUGAAUGGGUCUUUACUUCUCACUGGUGUGAACUGUGCUGUAUAUACUAAGUACACCCAUUGUAGACAGUCGUAGUACUUAGUUAACAGGGUAAAGUUAUUCUUAGCAGUGUACAAAUUAAAGUUUGCAUCCAAUGUUGAAUAACAGGUAUACAAAAUGUUUUCUCAUAAUGUUUGUAUGAUUGACCAGCAACAGUUAAGAUCUAGCAUUACAUGAUAAUUUUGAGUUCUAGCCUGUAUUUGUAGUAAACAUAAAAAAAGACAGUAGACUCGAUGUUCUGUUCAAAAGUAUGCAUGACUGUUAUUUGAACCAUGUUGAAUACAUAGUCACAAACAAUGGAUUCUACUCCUAGCUCAGUUUGUUGGGUGCACCUUGUAAAUACAUUAAUGUUUAAAGUACAUAAUGCUUGUGUUCUAAUUUCUAAUGAUCAACAAUUGUUACACCAAUAUAAAACCUGAAAAUCGUAAAUGACAAAUAAGGAUUACACUUAACUGAAAGAACAUACACUACAUGUAUAUGAACUUGUACAGAUAAUCUAGCAAAUGCAGGGAAUUUUCAAAGACUUCACUGACAUUAGUAGUAGAAAGUACAUGAUCUCAAAUACUUUGAAAUGCUCUGCUACACUAAGUACCAAUUGAUUGGACAAGUCUUUUUGGCGACACCACUUGGGCAGAGCCCUUACACUCACAUUGGUGACAUUGUACUAUGGAGUGGUGGAAUGUGCAACAUAUUUCCAUGAUAUAUUGUUGAGUCAGAGCACAUGAAUAAAGAAUUAAAC